AUGGGCGCGAGUGGCUGUGUUUUGUUGCACACCGUUAAUGGUGUGAGUUUGAGAGCCGGCGCGAGGCACGGAGGGUGGUUGUGGGGCCUCGCCAGCCUCGCCCGGGACACGCCUCGCCCAGGAUACGCCCUCGCCCAGGACACGCCUCACCCGGGACACUCCUUGCCCAAGAUACGCCUCGCCCAGGACACGCCUCGCCCAGGAUACGCCUCGCCCAGGAUACGCCUCGCCCAGGACACGCCUCGCCCAGGACACUCCUCGCCCAGGACACGCCUCGUCCUGGACACGCCUCGCCCAGAACACUCCUCGCCCAGGACACGCCUCAGCCAUGACAAUCCUCACCCAGGACACGCCUCGCCCAGGACACGCCUCGCCCUGGACACGCCUCGCCCAGGACACUCCUCGCCCAGGACACGCCUCGCCCAGGACACUCCUCGCCCAGGACACGCCUCGCCCAGGACACUCCUCGCCCAGGACACGCCUCACCCAGGACAUUCCUCGCCCAGGACACGCCUCGCCCAGGACACUCCUCGCCCAGGAAACUCCUUGUCCAGGACACGCCUCGUCCAGGACACGCCUCGCCCAGGACACUCCUCGUCCAGGGCACUCCUUGUCCAGGACACGCCUCGCCCAGGACACGCCUCGCCCAGGACACUCCUCGCCCAGGACACGCCUCACCCAGGACAUUCCUCGCCCAGGACACGCCUCGCCCAGGACACUCCUCGCCCAGGAAACUCCUUGGCCAGGACACGCCUCGCCCAGGACACUCCUCGCCCAGGACACGCCUCGCCCAGGACACUCCUCGCCCAGGACACUCCUCGCCCAGGAAACUCCUUGUCCAGGACACGCCUCGCCCAGGACACUCCUCGCCCAGGACACGCCUCGCCCAGGACACUCCUCGCCCAGGACACUCCUCGCCCAGGACACUCCUUGUCCAGGACACGCCUCGCCCAGGACACGCCUCGCCCGGGACACGCCUCGCCCGGGACACGCCUCGCCCAGGACACUCCUCGCCCAGGACACGCCUCGCCCGGGACACGCCUCGCCCAGGACACGCCUCGCCCGGGACACGCCUCGCCCAGGACACGCCUCGCCCAGGACACGCCUCGCCCGGGACACGCCUCGCCCGGGACACGCUUCGCCCGGGACACGCCUCGCCCGGGACACUCCUUGUCCAGGACACGCCUCGCCCAGGACACGCCUCGCCCGGGACACGCCUCGCCCGGGACACGCCUCGCCCAGGACACUCCUCGCCCAGGACACUCCUCGCCCAGGACACUCCUCGCCCAGGACACUCCUCGCCCAGGACACGCCUCGCCCAGGACACGCCUCGCCCAGGACACGCCUCGCCCAGGACACUCCUCGCCCAGGACACGCCUCGCCCAGGACACGCCUCGCCCAGGACACUCCUCGCCCAGGACACGCCUCGCCCAGGACACUCCUCGCCCAGGACACUCCUCGCCCAGGACACGCCUCGCCCGGGACACUCCUCGCCCAGGACACGCCUCGCCCUGGACACGCCUCGCCCUGGACACUCCUCGCCCUGGACACUCUGCCUUCCAUGAAGAUGGCACUUCAGUGAGAAGGAUCAGUACCUAA